UAGCGAACAAGAAAACGCAAAAGAAAAGACAGAAAAACAAAAGCAAAAAUGAGUGCCAACAGGAGAAGAGUCUUCGAUAUCUUAGGUGCAACACCAGCUACUGCAACGGCAACGGCAACGGCAACGGCCAACGAGCAACUUUCUCUACUGCCGGCUGGCAAUGGCGACGAGGACGCACUGGAAAUGCCACGGAUAUGCCGCUGCUGCUGCAAGCGGGACUUGGAGCUACUGGGGUUAUUCGAUGCCAACCAGCCGAGUCUGGUUGAGGCAACUUUAGCACCAAGCACAGGAACAUCAACUGCAUCAGCAACGACAACAGGAUCGACAGCAACAUCAGAAACAGCAUCAGCAACACCAGCAACAUCAGCAACACCAGCAUCAACAGGAGCCCCAGAGGCACUACACAACUCAACUGCAGUCACAGCCACAGUCACGCCUCUCUCCAGCAGCACACCGCCUCCAAAGAGCCGGACUACACUUGCAACCACAUCAGCAACAGCAGCAGCAGCAGCAGCAACAGCAGCAGCAGCAGUAGGAGGAGGAGCACCACGUGGCCGCAGCAGUGACAAUCCCGUCGAAUAUGCCCUCAGCGGGGCCCACAGCAGCAUGGACAUUGUCCUCGAGGAGAUGAUCAUUUGGAUGUUGAAUAUAAAUCGCGACGAUGGCCUUCCACAAGAGAUCUGCCGCCAGUGUAUGGCUCAAUUUCUGAUGGUGGCCAAGUUUCGGCGGAAAUGCGUACGAAUGCAACAGCGUUUGCAGGACUUUGCCCAGGAUAUAUCCGAUCGCCAGGCGGCCAGGCAAGCCAAGCGACAGCAAAAACAAGCACAAAAGCUGGAAGAACCCAAGAAGGAGGCUCAGCCAGCACCUCAACCGGAAAGGAAACGUCGUAUGGUAUCCGAAUCGGACAGAGAAGCAGUUGCCGCCGCCACCGCUGCUGCUGCUGCGGAAACUCCUGCAGAGAUUCGCACAGAAUCACAGAAUCUUCCACCUCCGAAGGCUCGUCGCCUCCAGCUACGUCUGCGUAAAUAUCGCGCCCUUUCCAUCGGCUGUGAGAUGGAGCAUCGCAGUGCCAUCGAUGCCAGCAGUAUGCCCUGGAAGACGAAGGCCGCCCGCAAACAGAUCUCCGAGACAUGGACAUCGUCCAGUAUAACCACCGAAAUUACAUCGCCAACUCCUAACUCUGAUCAGGAAUCAAAGAGUUGCAGCAGCACGGAGCGGAUGAGCGAUAUGUCCGUGGGUCCCUGUUGUGGCUUUGAGAGCGACAGUAGUCCCUCCUCCACAUCCACCCAAUCCACGGUCACCAAUGGAUUGAAGUUUCCCAAACGUUUGGCGGGUUAUCAGAGUACACCCAGGCGUGGAAGGCGCGUAAGAAAUUUCCCAGUCUAUAACCCAACCAAGAGGCAAAGGCGAUCGUUCGUCAAGAAGGAGCUGCAAGUGGAGCUGCAGGUUCAAGCAGUGGCCGAAGAGAACACAAAGUCUGAUCAAAUGGAAGUUUGCCAGCCACAGUCAAAGGCAGAAAACUGCGACGAGGCCAUUGACAGCACUUCAGACAUACCAAAAGAGACGAGUGAGCAACUGGAGCUAAAUGAAGUCAAUUCAAAUCAUAGUGGAGUUGAGGUCGCCUCGGAGAAGGAGUCGACGAACACGUCAAAUGGUUUGACAGAAAGUCGUACCCAGGAAGGCUCCUUGACGGUGGAAUCAGUCAAUUCAAAGGAAGUCUCAAAUGGCCCGGAGAAAGCCACUUCCGAUGAAGGCAAAGAAGAGCCAGCGGAAGCAAAAGAAGUCACCAAUAAUAUAAGCGAACAGGCCGCUGACCAAAAAGACACAGAAAUAGUUAACAAAACGGACGAAUCAUUCUCAAAGGGUUCACCGGAAAAAAUGGAAGAAACUAGUGAUGACAAAGACACCAGUUUAAUCGAUGAUUUACAGUCUCCGAACGAUCCCCUGCAGUCGGAGGAGCUGACCUCAUCCACGGAGACCAGUGAGGACCAACAGGAAUCUGUUGACCAGCCCGAAAUCAUUGUGAGCAUACCCCUCGAGGUGCUCGAUGAGAAUCUGCAGCGUCGCCUAGUCGUGGAUCAGGAUAUCGAGAAGAAGUCGCAGGACCGCACCACCUCGACCUCCAAGGAGCUUCAGUCCGUCCAGCCCGACGAUGUAAACAACAAUGCUAAUGAUGAAAAUUUUUGCCAGAGUGCUACAGCAGAUAGCUUCAAUUCUACUGUGGCACUCCGAACCAAUGAAAUUGAAGCAAAACCAGAAGGUGGAGGUGGUGCCAUGGAUCCAAUCGCAGAAGAAACCCCAAGUGCGGAAGAAUCCCCGCCAGAAGAAUCGGAUACUGAUGAGGAGAUGCCAGUGGUGAGGUCUGGACCCACGCCCAUGGAUUUUAUGGCCGAGUUUGCUAAGCACUGUGAGAAUGGUAUCGAGCAGCUGAAGGCAACCACGCCGGCUCCUUCGCCUACGCCUUCGGAGCUGCCACUGCCCCUUAACGAUUUGGAGGCAAAGCAACAGCUGGAGGUAGAGAUGAAUGAUGUGGAGACCACGCUGAAUGGCAUCCUUAACGAGAUGCAGGACCAGCACAUGUAUACACCGAACUGUGCACACAUCGAUGAGUUUCUUACGCCCGCCGAUUAUGCUCCGUUGACUGAACAGGAGCCCUCGGUUUCGUCGCCGCCCAAUCCCUUCGAGGAGAGUCCAGUAACCGAACCGGAAACGAAACAACCCGCAGCCAGCGAAGAUCUCUUUGACAACAGCAACUUUAGCAAUGAACUGAUAGGUUUCCAGAACGAUAUUCCUUGCUUUGAGAAUAUUGAUUCAUCUCCGGAAUCGGGACAACAGAGUUUGCAUUUAGAGUUGACACAAUUCCUGAGUGAUCUCCAACCCUCACAGGAGGAGAAACCCACCGUGGAGGCACCGGUGGAGAUACAGACUGAUGUACAAGCUGAGGCUCAAGUGCAAUCCCCGAAUGCGUCAGAAACUUUAUCUCAAAGAGAUCCCACAGAACAGCAUGAGAUACAAAUUCAACCCCAAGCCGAAUCACAAAUGCAGCACGAAAUCCUGACGGUUCAGGCUCCGGAGGAGCAUCCACAGAACCACGCGCAUAUUGAACAUCAGAUCGUGGCGGUUGAAAAUCAAAUUCAAUUGCACAAUCCAUCUCAGUCAUCAAACACGCACCAAAUGCUGCAGCCACAGCCUCGAAUCCAAAACCAAGCGCAACCAACAGUACAGAUGAUGCAGCAGAUCCAGCCCCACGGCUACUCCCAGCUGCAACUACAGUCCUCGCAAGUUGUCCCACAUGUCCAGUCGCGGGACACAACGACGACAGUAACCUACGAGCAGAUCUAUCAGCAGCACAUCGUCCAGCAAACGGUUCAGCAGUCCUCCAAUAAGGUGCAGCUCAUCUCUCUGCCCUCGUGUGCUGGGGAAACUAGGCAAUGGCAGCCACAGCACCAGCAACACCAGCAGCAGGUGCAGUGGUCAUCGGUGGGUGGACUGGAGUCCAUCAAGAAUUCACCCAUCGAGACCACUUACUACAUUAGUGCCAGUGACCUGUAUCCGCAGCAGACAACGGAGACUUAUACCAUGCUGCAGCCGGCCUCCGUGGAAUCCAAUGAGAACUAUAUGCUGGAGCAGGUGACUCAUCAGCAGAGCCAACAACAGCACCAUCAUCAGCAGCAGCAACAGCAACAGGAACAACAUGAGCAGCAGCAACAGCAACCGAUCAUGAUUGUGAUACAGCCGGAGAUGCAGCAGCCGGUGGCGUCGGCCAGCAAUCCGCAACAAGCACCACUCCACCGAUACGGUGCUCCCAUCAGCAACGAUCUCCAUCGCCUGCAGUACACCAAACGGUUGCAGCACCGCCAACAGCAGCAUCAGCAACAACAGCAACAACAGCAACAUCAGCAACAUCGGCAGCAUCACCUACCUGUGCACAGUCAUCCGGUAAUAGGAAUGCCUGGAGCAACAUCAAUUUCAACCAAAGUACAUCCCAUACCAGCCACAACGCCGUCUGGUCGGCCAUUAACCCUCAAGUGUCGCUUCUGCCAGAACGGUCCAAGGUUCUCCAAUAGCCUGGAGUACAGCCGUCAUAUCAUUGAACUCCAUCCCGCCAUAGCGCCCUUCAACUGUCCGCAUUGCCCACUUGCCUUUGCCGGCAGGAGUAAGCGGUCGCAGCACAUUCUCAGCAACCAUGUGGUGCAGCAGUACCAGUGCGGCCAGUGUUCGCAGGUGUUUCCCGCUCAAAAGGCCUUGGACCUGCACAUUCAGCGCUUCCACAUGCCUCUAAAGACAGUUGGCAGCGUCCGAGUGGAGGAUGUUCAGCUGCAGAUCACAAACGAACGACAGGAACGACGACCGCAACUUCCAUAUCAACCAAGACCAUAUCAACCGCGACAGCAACGGCAACCACAACGAACCCCGCAUCAUCGUCCGCAACAAGAGCAGCCGCAGCAGAAGCUGCCAGUAAUGCAGCCAUCACAUUCGCCGCAUCCGUCAACUAUGGAUGUCCAGGCUAGCACAACGAUUCCGCGAAAGAUUCUUUGCUGUCCCGACUGCGAGGAUUGCACAACAGGUCACAGUCAUACCAGCAGUGUAGGAUUCGAGGAACAGUCACUGCAAUCUCCUCCAACGGUGCUCACUCCGCCCUCGACGAUCGUUUCGGCUCCAUCGCCUCAGCCCAUGAUGGUCUCGCAGCAUAUAACGCUGCCCUCGCCAGAACAAUCCGAGCCAGAUUCCACGACCACGUUACGGCAAUACCGUAAACGAGGCGUCAUUGUGGGACCCCAAGGUCCGCUGCAUUUGGCCACGCCUGUGGCAUCGCCCUCGCCGUCAUCUUCUCCUUCCUCCUCCACCUUUGACCAUGUACCACCAGCGUCACCGGCUACACCCGCUUCGCCGGCCCCACCUCAGUCGCCCGCCCCGCUGUCCUGCGUGCCGGUGAACGAGCUGCGGACAAACAAUCAAUGUCUAUACUGCGAAGAGCGUUUCACCAAUGAGAUUGCCCUCAAGAAGCAUCACCAACUGGCCCACGGAUCCCAGACCACGAUGCCAUUCGUGUGCACCAUUUGCAAGCGAGGCUAUCGCAUGCGAACUGCUCUGCAUCGGCACAUGGAAUCCCACGAUGUGGAGGGCAGGCCGUACGAGUGCAACAUUUGCCACGUACGAUUUCCGCGCCCCUCGCAACUGACGCUGCACAAGAUUACUGUGCACCUGCUAUCCAAGCCGCACACCUGUGACGAGUGCGGCAAGCAAUUCGGUACGGAGAGUGCAUUGAAGACGCACGUUAAAUUCCAUGGUGGGAUUGGUUACCAGUGCGACGGAUGCGAUCGGUCGUUCGAAUAUCUCAAGGAAUUGCGCAGACAUCGUCGUACCCACAAAGAGCUGUUUUACAAAUGUGAAUUCUGUCCACGGUCGUUUCUUCACUUUAAGAUAUUUCGCGCACACAUGAACUCCCAUUUGCCACUGGGAGUGUUUCUCAACGAGGAGACCAUAGUAAAGACCGUCAGCAACAGCAACAGCAGCAACACCAACAAUAAUAACAACAACAACAACAACAACAACGGCAUCCUUAGUAGCGCCAAGCUAGAAAAUCCACCAACACCCAUCGAGGAGACAGCUCCCAUGAGCAACAAUAGCGUUUACAACGUCCAAAGCCCAGAUGAAUAUCCCAAUUCGGUGGAGAGCAGUGCUGCCACCAGCGUGGCUCUUGAAACGAUAGCCCCGACGCCAUAACAAACGCUACCAACGACGACCUAUCAUUUGGUCUGCAACACGUUAUUGGUUGCAAAUCAACGACCGACAACAACCUUGCCAAUUAGAGCGAUGACGCCUUCCUACACUAUUGUCAUUUUUAAUGGCAGACAGCUUCCAUUCAUUCUUCUUCCCAUCGGAGCCAACCAAGCCCAGCAUCUCUCGAACGAGAGGAACCAGCAGACUGCAUCGAAUGCAAUGCGAUAUUGCACUUAACAAUUUAGCGACUAAGCCACAAGUACACUCCCUCAGACUAACGGAACUUAAGGCUAAAUGUGUAUUUAGUCCAUAAGCUAGAUAGAAUUUACGCGUUCAUGCAAUGAAACCAACAACAACAAACCAACCAAUGGAAACAAAUAAGCAACAAGUUAACUUUAGGCUAAAAAAACAUAUUUACAUAUUAUACAAACAAUUGAUGACUACCGUUCGUUAUUUUGUUAAAAAAAAAGGAGCAAGAAAUGAAAAAAUGAACAAUGAAGUUCGGUAGCAACUAAGACAACCUAGCAUUAAACAAGUACCAAACAGCA